AUGGAGCACGAGAAGGAUCCAGGAUGGCAGUACCUCCGUCGCUCUCGCGAGCAAAUGAUGGAGGUUCUUCAACAACUUUCCUUCGAAUGAGUCUAAUUUGAACUGCUUUCAGGACCAGUCCAAGCCCUACGAUUCCAAGAAGAACUGCUGGAUUCCGGACGCCGAAGAGGGUUACCUCGCCGGAGAGAUCACCUCCACCAAGGGUGAUCAGGUCACCGUCGUCUCCGCUCGCGGAAAUGAGGUAAUUCCAGUUUUUUUCUACUUAACUACCUUUUUUUCUCAAGUUUGAAUGGUUUUUUGGCUUCGCUUUCUGAAUUUAUGACUUUUUUUUUUACUUUUUGGUUUAAUUCCUAUGUAUUUUUUCUUGAAUCCUCGAAUAAUUCCCAACAUUCUGAAUUCUUCUUUCCAGUAGAUAAUGAUUCUGAGCUCUAAACGACGAUAAGACACUUUAAAAACUUCAUAUCUCAAAAAAAUUUUUCAUUUUACAUUCAAAAGUUACUUUUUUUCUACUCAAUGAUGUAUUAUAAUAGAAAACCUACAGUGAAAAACUUCGAGAUUUUUCCUUUUCAUAGGUUUUUGGAUUAAUUUAUUAAGCUUCUUCUCGCACAGUUUUUCCAUUUCGAUCAAAUUUUCUUUCUCGAAACUUCAAAAAAAUUGUUUUUUCUAUAAUUAAAGUUCGCAUUUCGUGACUUUGCGGUCCAUUUUCUGACUCAAAAAUCCAUUAUUCAAUUAGAGCUUAAUUUCAGUUCAACUAAUCUUGUAGAAACAAAAUCGUUCGUGGCCAUGAGAAUUAUUUAAUCUUUUUCCUUUUGCAAAAAGUUUGCGUUUGAAAAGAUUUUUUUUUUCUAAAUCGACCAGACUUUAACUAAAAUUUUCAAAAAGGCAUAGUCGAAUAAAUUUCCUUCGAUUCCAACACAAUAUUCUUUUUUCUUCUCUUUUUUUUGCCUUUCAACCCCCCGAGUGCCAAGCAAAAUCAGAGGGCGUCAGCGGCGGCGGCGGCAAAAUCUUUACAACUGUCGGUUGUAAUGCUUCUCGCUUCUCUCGUUUGCUGCUCCAGCUCAAGCUCUACCUACACAAAACUACCGCAGCUCACAACACAAUCCCUCACUCACUCAAAGGAAGAGGGAGAGAGAAAAUUGAAAAUGUGUGGGGGCUGUCAAGCCGGAGCAGCAGAAGAAGAAGAAGAAUAUUAAGUUUCCAUGAGAUCUGCCGGUCAAAGAAGCCGGUGGAGCAUGUGGUUUUCGUCGUUUAACCGCAACAAAAAUCUUCGAAUUGGCAAGCGAAUUCAAAAACCAAAAGGGAGAAGACAGAAGUAAAAAGAAUAUGAUGUUAAUUCAGAGCAUGUCGACAAAAAUUAGCUCUUUUUUAUCCUUUUAUCCUCUUUCUCGCUCUUCAAACUUUUUUUUAUCAAGUUACAUUCAGAGCUACUUUUUUUCAAUGAUACAUGAUCAAAAGAAUUCUGUUCGAAUCUCCAAAAAAGUGAAAGCCAAAAAAAAACCCAUUCAAACUGUUGAAAAAGGAACAAGAACCAAAACUUUCCAGAACUUGAAUCAAACUCCAAUCUUUUACAGGUCACCCUCAAGAAGGAGCUCGUCCAGGAGAUGAACCCGCCCAAAUUCGAGAAGACCGAGGACAUGUCCAACUUGACCUUCCUCAACGACGCCUCCGUCCUGCACAACUUGCGGUCGCGUUACGCCGCCAUGCUCAUCUACGUAAGUUUUGGAAUGAAUCACAAAAACUGAAGAACUAGUGGGAGCGACUAAAUCUUCACAAAUUUUUUAUCUACAGUUAUCCAGGCCCUUUCUAAACGCUUCAAAAAUAACACAUUCCAAGGUUAAAAAAGCGAACCAAAAACUUCAUAGCCCUCAAAUUUCUUUGGUUCCACUCCAAUCUUCCGAUUCCUUCCCAAUAAAAUCAAUAUUCCCUUCAAAAACGGUCGCCUAAGGGCUUGGAUAACUGACGAUUAAAACACGACGCUUUGCUCCCAGCCAAAAACUAUUACAACACAAAUUCUCGGCACAAGGCCUUGGCAUCUGUCUUUUUCGCUUUUUUUUGCUCCUCCGACGGGAAUGUGCCAAACCAAAAGGCUUGCAUCGUUUAACAAUUUUUGCGCCGCCGUCGGCAAAGCGAAAAAGACAGCCGCGUUAUCGGCGAAAAGAAAAAAAGGCCACAAAAAUAAAAAAUCUCGAAUAUGGAAUGAAAAAAGACUAUCUUUCACUGUAUUUCAGACCUACUCCGGCUUGUUCUGCGUCGUAAUCAACCCCUACAAACGUCUGCCGAUCUACACCGACUCUGUCGCUCGCAUGUUCAUGGGCAAGAGAAAGACCGAGAUGCCGCCUCACUUGUUCGCCGUCUCUGAUCAGGCCUACAGAAACAUGCUCCAAGACCACGAGAACCAGUCCAUGCUCAUUACCGGCGAGUCUGGUGCCGGAAAGACCGAAAACACCAAGAAGGUUAUUGCCUACUUCGCAUCCGUCGGUGCGUCGCAGCAAGAAGCCGCUGGUGGCAAGUCCGAAGAGAAGAAGGUCACCCUUGAGGACCAGAUCGUCCAGACCAACCCUGUCUUGGAGGCCUUCGGUAACGCCAAGACUGUCAGAAACAACAACUCUUCCCGAUUCGGAAAGUUCAUCCGUAUCCACUUCAGUCGUCACGGACGUCUUGCGUCUUGCGACAUUGAGCACUACCUUCUCGAGAAGUCUCGUGUCAUCCGUCAGGCUCCAGGAGAGCGUUGCUACCACAUCUUCUACCAGAUCUUCUCCGACUUCAAGCCUCAGCUCAAGACUGAGCUCCUUCUUGACAAGCCGCUGAAGGACUACUGGUUCGUCGCCCAGGCCGAGCUCUCCAUCGACGGUAUCAACGAUACCGAGGAGUUCCAGCUCACCGACGAAGCCUUCGACAUCCUCAACUUCUCUGCCACCGAGAAGAUGGACUGCUACCGCCUCAUGGCUGCUCUCAUGCACAUGGGUAACAUGAAGUUCAAGCAACGCCCACGUGAAGAGCAGGCCGAGCCUGACGGUACCGACGACGCCGAGAAGGCCUCCAAGAUGUACGGCCUCGACUCUGAGGCUUUCCUCAAGGCCCUGACCAAGCCUCGUGUCAAGGUCGGAACCGAAUGGGUGUCCAAGGGACAGAACGUCGAGCAAGUCAACUGGGCCGUCGGUGCCAUGGCCAAGGGUCUCUACUCGCGUGUGUUCAACUGGCUGGUCAAGAAGUGUAACUUGACUCUUGAUCAGAAGGGUAUCGACCGUGACUACUUCAUCGGUGUGCUCGACAUCGCCGGUUUCGAAAUCUUCGACGUAAGCUAACCAAUUCCCUUCACAGAAAUUAGGAAUUUGUUUCAGUUCAACUCCUUCGAGCAGUUGUGGAUCAACUUCGUAAACGAGAAGCUCCAGCAAUUCUUCAACCACCACAUGUUCGUCCUCGAGCAGGAAGAAUACGCCAGAGAAGGCAUCCAAUGGACCUUCAUCGAUUUCGGUCUCGAUCUCCAAGCUUGUAUCGAGCUUAUUGAGAAGGUGAACUCACAAUUUGACGAUAUGCAGUAUCAUGACUUUUUGAAUGCUCGAUCACAACUCUUUUCAAUUAUAUUUGGACAAACUUUGAGCCUUUGAUUCAGAAGCAGCUUUUUAGAUUUAUAUUUACUCCGAAAAAGAUAGCCGUAUAAAAAAUUUUAGUUUUCAGUUCAUGAAAUUUUGAAAAUUUCAGAUAAAUUCUAAAACUGCAAAAUCAGUUAUGAUCUAACAUCCAUUUCCAUCAAAGUAUAGCAGUUUUUUCUUGUUUUUAUUGAACCCUGCCAAAAAAUUUUUCGUAUAUUUUUCGUAUCAGUAUUUUACAUAUUCUUGAAUUUUCUAGCAAGAAUUUGUAUACUGCCCCCUACAUGAGUUCCAAAAAAAAAAUUUGAAACCUGUUGUAAAAAAAUAAUACUUUGAAGGCGUAAAAAUCUUGAAAAAUUGAAUAAGAUGUUAGAUUUUUCUAGCGAAUCUUCGCUUUCCACUAAAAAAAACCCGAAAGAACAAGUUGAAAAUUUUGCAGUUUUCGGACUUUCAAAUCUCAUAUUUCAAAAGUUCUGACAUUGAAAGCUCUAGCGAAAAGAUGAAAAGAUCAAUUUACGCUGGGUUAUUCAACAAGUUUUUUUUAUCACAACUUUGACCAUAUAUUUUUCAGCCGCUCGGUAUCAUCUCCAUGCUCGAUGAAGAAUGCAUCGUCCCCAAGGCUACUGACUUGACGCUCGCCCAGAAGCUUGUUGACCAGCAUCUUGGCAAGCACCCCAACUUCGAGAAGCCCAAGCCACCAAAGGGCAAGCAAGGAGAAGCUCACUUCGCCAUGCGGCACUACGCCGGAACUGUCCGAUACAACGUCUUGAACUGGUUGGAGAAGAACAAGGACCCUCUCAACGACACCGUUGUGUCGGCCAUGAAGGCCUCCACUGGCAACGACCUCCUCGUCGAGAUCUGGCAAGACUACACCACUCAGGAAGAGGCUGCCGUCAAGGCCAAGGGUUAGUUCUGACCAGAAGCCUUACUGGAUUUUAAACAUUUUCUUUGCAGAAGGUGGUGGCGGUAAGAAGAAGGGAAAGUCUGGAUCUUUCAUGACUGUCUCUAUGCUCUACCGUGAGUCGCUCAACAACCUCAUGAACAUGCUCCACAAGACUCAUCCUCACUUCAUCCGUUGCAUCAUCCCCAACGAGAAGAAGCAGUCUGGAAUGAUCGACGCCUCCUUGGUUCUCAACCAGCUCACCUGUAACGGUGUGCUUGAAGGCAUCCGUAUUUGCCGUAAAGGUUUCCCCAACAGAACCCUCCACCCUGACUUCGUCCACCGUUACGCCAUCUUGGCAGCCAAGGAAGCCAAGUCCGAUGAAGACAAGAAGAAGUGCGCCGAAGCCAUCAUGUCCAAGCUUGUCAACGACGGCGCUCUCAGCGAGGAGAUGUUCCGUAUCGGUCUCACCAAGGUCUUCUUCAAGGCCGGAGUCCUCGCUCACCUUGAAGACAUCCGUGACGAGAAGCUCUCCCAGAUCAUGGCCGGAUUCCAGGCUCAGAUCCGUUGGUACUUGGGUCUCACCGAACGCAAGCGCCGCAUGGAACAGCGCGCUGGACUUCUCAUCGUUCAGCGCAACGUCCGCUCGUGGUGCACUCUCCGCACCUGGGAAUGGUUCAAGCUCUACGGAAAGGUCAAGCCCAUGCUCAAGGCCGGCAAGGAAGCCGAGGAGCUGGAGAAGAUCAACGACAAGGUCAAGGCCCUCGAAGAGAGCCUCGCCAAGGAGGAGAAACUCCGCAAGGAACUCGAAGAGAGCUCCGCCAAGCUUGUCGAGGAGAAGACUUCUCUCUUCACCAACCUCGAAAGCACCAAGACCCAGCUUUCCGAAGCCGAGGAAAGACUCCAGAAGCUCACCUCGCUCAAGGGAGACGCCGACAAGCAGCUCCAAGAGCUCAACGAGCAGCUGGCUGACAACGAAGACCGCACGGCUGACAUCACUCGCGCCAAAAAGAAGGUCGAGGCUGAGGUAGAGGCUUUGAAGAAGCAGAUCCAGGACCUCGAAAUGAGCCUUCGCAAGGCUGAAUCUGAGAAGCAAUCCAAGGAUCACCAGAUCCGCUCGCUCCAAGACGAAAUGCAGCAGCAGGAUGAAGCCAUCGCCAAGCUCAACAAAGAGAAGAAGCACCAGGAGGAGAUCAACCGCAAGUUGAUGGAGGAUCUCCAGUCUGAAGAAGACAAGGGCAACCACGCCAACAAAGUCAAGGCCAAGCUUGAGCAGACGCUCGACGACCUUGAGGAUUCGCUUGAGCGUGAGAAGCGCUCUCGGGCUGACCUCGACAAGCAAAAGAGAAAGGUCGAGGGCGAGCUGAAGAUUGCCCAGGAAAACAUCGACGAGUCUGGCCGUCAACGCCACGACCUCGAGAACAACCUCAAGAAGAAGGAGUCUGAACUCCACUCCGUCAGCAGCCGUCUUGAGGAUGAACAAGCCCUCGUCAGCAAGCUUCAGCGCCAGAUUAAGGAUGGACAAAGCCGUGUUUCUGAGCUUGAAGAGGAGCUCGAAAACGAACGCCAGUCGCGCUCCAAGGCCGACCGUGCCAAGGCUGACCUCCAGCGUGAGUUGGAAGAACUUGGCGAACGCCUGGAUGAGCAAGGAGGUGCCACUGCCGCCCAGGUUGAGGUCAACAAGAAGCGUGAAGCCGAACUCGCCAAGCUCCGCCGUGACCUCGAGGAGGCCAACAUGAACCACGAGAACCAGCUCGGUGGACUCCGCAAGAAGCACACCGACGCCGUCGCUGAGCUCACCGACCAGCUUGAUCAGCUGCAGAAGGCCAAGGCCAAGGUUGAGAAGGACAAGGCUCAGGCUGUCCACGAAGCCGAAGACCUUGCCGCUCAGCUUGAUGCUGAAACCUCGGCCAAGCUCAACAACGAAAAGCUUGCCAAGCAGUUCGAGCUCCAGCUUACCGAGCUUCAGUCCAAGUGCGACGAGCAAUCGCGUCAACUCCAGGACUUCACCUCGUUGAAGGGACGCAUGCACUCUGAGAACGGAGACCUCGUCCGCCAGCUUGAAGACGCUGAGUCCCAGGUCAACCAGCUGACGCGUCUGAAGUCGCAGCUUACCAGCCAGUUGGAAGAGGCCCGCCGCACCGCCGACGAAGAAGCCCGUGAGCGUCAGACCAUUGCUGCUCAAUCCAAGAACUACCAGCACGAGGUCGAACAGCUCCAGGAGAGCCUCGAGGAGGAGAUCGAGGGUAAGAACGAAAUCCUUCGCCAGCUCAGCAAGUCCAACGCCGAAGUCCAGCAAUGGAAGGCUCGCUUCGAGGGAGAAGGCCUCAUCAAGGCUGACGAACUUGAAGACGCUCGCCGUCGCCAGGCUCAGAAGAUCAACGAGCUGCAGGAGGCCCUCGAUGCCGCCAACUCCAAGAUUGCCUCUUUGGAAAAGACCAAGAGCCGUCUUGUCGGAGACCUCGACGACGCUCAGGUCGAUGUUGAGCGCGCCAACGGCGUUGCCGCCACCCUUGAGAAGAAGCAGAAGGGCUUCGACAAGGUCAUCGACGAAUGGAGAAAGAAGACCGACGACCUCUCCGCCGAGCUUGACGCCGUCCAGCGUGACCUCCGCAACACCUCUACCGACUUGUUCAAGGCCAAGAACGCCCAGGAAGAACUCGGCGAGGUCGUUGAAGGACUCCGUCGCGAGAACAAGAGCCUGUCCCAAGAGAUCAAGGACCUGACCGACCAACUCGGAGAAGGAGGCCGCUCGGUUCACGAGAUGCAGAAGAUCAUCCGCCGCCUCGAAAUCGAGAAGGAGGAGCUCCAGCACGCUCUUGACGAGGCUGAAGCCGCGUUGGAAGCCGAAGAGAGCAAGGUUCUCCGCGCUCAGGUCGAAGUCUCCCAGAUUCGCUCCGAAAUCGAGAAGCGCAUCCAGGAGAAGGAGGAAGAGUUCGAGAACACUCGCAAGAACCACCAGCGUGCCCUCGAAUCGAUGCAGGUAACUUUAAUCAAAUAUUGAUACACUAAUUAUCCAAUGAAUAUUCAGGCUUCCCUCGAAACCGAAGCCAAGGGUAAGGCCGAACUUCUCCGCGUCAAGAAGAAGCUCGAGGCCGACAUCAACGAGCUCGAGAUUGCCCUGGACCACGCCAACAAGGCUAACGCCGAUGCCCAGAAGAACUUGAAGAAGUACCAGGAACAGAUCCGCGAGCUUCAGCUCCAGGUAUCUCGAAAAUGGGAGACUUUGUGUAGGAUAGAGUAAUUCAGGUCGAAGAGGAACAACGCAACGCUUCCGACGUCCGCGAGCAGUUCUUCAACGCCGAGAAGCGUGCCACGCUUCUUCAGUCCGAAAAGGAGGAACUUCUCGUCUCCAACGAGGUAUCAUUAUUACAUAUCAACUCGUAGUGAGAAAAAAAGCACAAUUUUUUCGUUCAAUAAUACAAAAAUACGAACUUCAGGCCGCUGAGCGCGCUCGCAAGCAGGCCGAGUACGAGGCCGCUGACGCCAGGGACCAGGCCAACGAGGCCAACGCCCAGGUCAGCACCUUGAGCGCCGCCAAGAGGAAGCUCGAGGGAGAGAUCCAAGCCAUCCACGUGAGUUCAACCUUCUUUUCAUACAAUUAAUCAGAAAAAUGUAAUAAUCAAGCAAAAAAGCAAUAUAGUAUGAAGUAGUUGUAAUAGUCUUUCCAACACAGACAAAAAACUCUUUUCAAAUUGAAGGCUUAAAGUCCACAAAAUCGUAAAAAGUAUUGUUCAUCUACAGGCCGACCUCGACGAGACGCUCAACGAGUACAAGGCCGCUGAGGAACGCAGCAAGAAGGCCAUCGCCGACGCCACGAGACUCGCCGAGGAGCUCCGCCAGGAACAGGAGCACUCGCAGCACGUCGACAGACUUCGCAAGGGACUCGAGCAGCAGCUCAAGGAGAUCCAAGUCCGACUCGAUGAGGCUGAAGCCGCCGCUCUCAAGGGAGGCAAGAAGGUUGGUUCUCCUUCUUGACUGUUUUCAUAGGCUUCUUGUCUCAAUAUUGAAAUGGACCUUCAUAAUCCGAUUUCAGGUCAUCGCCAAGCUUGAGCAGCGCGUCCGCGAGCUCGAGUCUGAGCUCGACGGUGAGCAGCGCCGCUUCCAGGAGGCCAACAAGAACCUCGGAAAGGCCGACCGUCGCGUCCGCGAGCUCCAGUUCCAGGUCGACGAGGAUAAGAAGAACUUCGAACGUCUCCAGGACCUGAUCGACAAGCUCCAGCAGAAGCUCAAGACCCAGAAGAAGCAAGUCGAAGAGGCGGUGAGUGCUACUAGAACUUUCAAGACCGUUAAAAAAAUACAAGAUGCCAAAAAAUGGUAGUAGAUAUUCCGAGAAAUCAGGAGUCAGAAAGAGGCUUCGUUGCAAGAUUGUAGGGGUUUCUUAGCGAAGAAAUGUAGAAUCAAGAAGCCUUGCAACAAUAGUAGUUCCUCUAAAACCCGAACCGUCCGCAGAAGGAAAACUCGCUGAAUUGCAGGAAGAACUGGCCAACAUCAACCUGCAAAAGUACAAGCAGCUGACGCACCAGCUGGAAGACGCCGAGGAGCGUGCCGACCAGGCCGAGAACUCGCUCUCCAAGAUGCGCGCCAAGUCGCGAUCGUCGGCCUCGGUCGCCCCCGGGACUUCAGACUUCUGCGUCUGCCGCCGUCGUCCGAUCGCCGUCGCGUGCUCGCGCCAGCGACUUCUAAGCGUCCGGUUCCCCAUUAAAUAUUGA